AUGAAGACUACUUGGACUUUAGCUUCGCUCUCAGCUCUGCUCGCGGUAGCUUCGGCUGCUCCGACGGGCAAUACUAAAGCGUGGACCAACCUGCGUAAGAACAUCAAGCACGUUAUCUACCUGACCCUCGAGAACCACUCUUUCGAUAACAUUGCUGGUUACUGGGACUUCCACCCGGAAAUCAACAACCUGCGCAACCGUACUUUCUGCAAUGAGUACACCAAUUCCAAUUGGACAGUUUGGGACGAGCCAUUGAAUAUUUGCGCAGCUCCUUACGAGACUGAGGUGCCACUGAAGGAUCCUGAUCACAACUUUGCUGGUACCAGCUACGAGAUCUUCCGCAAGUGGAAUCCCACCAACGAUGACACUCCUGAUAUGAGUGGUUUCAUUGAGCGCCAGUCCGAGAAGUACAGUGAGACUCCCGGCGAUGCCUCUUUUGUCAUCAUGGCCUACGAUGAGAAGAAGACUGCUCUUCUGGCCGAGCUGGCAAAGAACUUUGCUUUCUUUGACUCUUAUUUCGCUGAGCACCCUGGCCCAACCGACGUCAACCGCCAGUUUGCGACUUCGGGAUCUUCUUGCGGCUUUGUUGACAACACCAACCAGGCGUCCGGAUUCUGGAACAAUGUGACCGGAACUACCUGCGCCACUUCCAUCUUCGAGUCCUUGACCAAGAAGAACAUCACCUGGAAGAACUACUACGAGACGGAUAUCGUCGAUGCGUUCAUGUACAAGUGGGUUCAAGACAAUGCCAUGGACCGCCUUGCACACGCCAGCCAGUUCUACACCGAUCUUGAGGAGGGAACUCUGCCCACCUUCUCGUACAUCAACCCCGAGUGCUGCACCAUUGACUCCAUGCACCCGACCAGCCCCAUGGCAUCCGGCGAGCAGAUGCUCAAGCAUCUUUACGAUGCGCUCCGCCGCUCUCAGUACUGGGACAACGCCUUGCUGAUCAUCAACUUCGAUGAGCACGGUGGCUUUGCUGACCACGUCCCCCCACCCAUGAACGUGCCCGCGCCCAAGGACGGUAUCACUUUCAACGGUACCUCCGAUGGUCACGUUGUGCAAUAUGACUUCACCCGCCUGGGAGUCCGCGUUCCUGCCUUCCUUAUUUCGCCCUACCUUGAAGCCAACACUCUCAUUCACGACCAGGGUACCAUGUACGAGGAUAACUCCGCCUACACUCACAGCUCUAUUCUGCAUUUCCUGCAGGAACUGUGGGAGCUGGAGGGUCUUAACAACCGUGUUCAGUGGGCGAAGACCUUCGAAACAGUCUUCACUAACGAGCGUCGCACUGAUACGCCUAAGACUUUGACCACUCCCAGGUGGUUGGGUGGUGCUGGAGAGCCAGAGCCCGAAGCCUUUUACCUCCUGAACCAGGAUGAAAGCUACUAUGAAGAUAUUUAG